UUCUACUUUAUCAUUAUCUUUACAAAUAUGUGAAUUACUACUCUUGAAUUAUGAAUGCUUCUCUUUAUAAACUAUUCUACACUUCAGUUUUAUUCUGACUCCUUAUUCGUCAGUCUUAUCUUACUUUAAAUUCACUGUGAAAUGAUAUGUGCCAAAUAUGUGCUGUUCUAAAACCUUCAAUGUGGGAGUCCUGAAAUCGUUCUGGGUUGAAAUUAUUUUAUGUACAAUUUUAGUGUCAACUUGUUUUGAGAGUAUAUUCUGCAAUGAAUUUGAAAACAACUUAUUUUUGGAACCCUAUAUGUGUGAAAACCACAGCUCUUCAUGUGCACAUCAGGUAGCAUCAAAUGACUCUGAUGAUUUCUGCAGGAUCACUUACUUUCCUAGAGAUUCUGAAGCUUGUCAGUCUUCUGCCUUCAAAGGGGACAAUGAUAUGGCAGAAGAGAUCGGAGACAUGAAAAUCAUAUCUUACCUGAUUACCGACACUGAAGAUGGUCUUCCCAUUACUGCAUUUAACAUUUCAUUUACCAAAAUAAAAUGGUCAAAAGCCAGGAUAAGAUUCGUGAGAAAGUCGAUGGGAAGGGAUGAGCUGGCUCCGCUACCAGAGGCUUGUCGUGAGUUUGAGAUGCCGAGUCGGCAUGCAGACGACGCAGUGCUCUACUUCGACUGUCUUUGGUCUGACAGAUCGUACGAAGGACAAAUCUACCAGUUCCAGUACAUUGCCACUCCUUGGUUUGGAAACCCCCAAGCUUUCAACUAUGCGUUUUUCGUCCCUAAUGGACGACGGAGAAUGCCUACAGUUCACAUGGCCGACUACCAACUGUUCAUGGUGGUUGAUGUUUCUGCUCUUCCGGUCAUACGAUUGCGAAUUCAAGUCGCUCCUCCACAUUACAAUAUAACUAGGUACCGUGUCCACUUGUGGCGCAGUUCCCGCCAGCCCGACGGCAACUCCUGGGUCGUCCACUCAGAGAUUCUAACCACUCCUCCCAACACCCCCGUGGACACCGUGCUCACCGUAGAGUAUGACUCUGAGUACAAACCGGGAGUGUACAACUUUACAGCUCUGCCCCUGCACUCCCAUUGCACCGAGCACAACCCUUGCACUUUGUCUAGGGCACCCGAGGUGCUGAUAGUCGCCAGUCCUGAGAUGCCGCUUCUCAUCGGCAUCGUGGGUACAGUCAUCCUCAUCCCUGUCUUCCUCACUGCGUACUUCAUCUGGAGAAGGUCUUGUGCACAGAAACCAACUGGUGAUGAACCGAGACUGCCCCCCAAAGUAUUGCUGAUAUACAACCACAACUAUCCCCAGCACGUAGACGAGAUGAUAGAAUUCCAUCAUUAA